AUGCGCGCCUCCUUACUAUUCGCCUUGGCCGCUGCCUUGACCGCAAGCGCCGAAAGCCUUGUCCCUUGUCAGGAAUCGUCAACCCCCUACUGCCCGCCUCGCUCCGCAACCCCAGAGGAGCAGAGGGCGAUCCUCAAUGAAUUCAUCCGAGCCUUCUACAAAGAGAGGAAUGCCAGGAAAGCUAUGCUCGGCCACGUUGCGGAAGACUACAUCCAACAUAACCCUGAUAUCCUCUCUGGCCGUCAGAACUCUCUCGACGCUCUCUCUCAGUUUCUAUCACCCAGUAACGUUAACUACACAAUCAUAAAUACGGGCCUCGACGAUAAUAUCGCCUAUAUUCAUUACCGAAUGGACGUUGUUGGAGCUUCGGAACCUUCCGCUGUCAUUGAUGUCUUCAGAUUUGACGGCACUUGUAUCAUGGAACACUGGGAUGUGGCACAGCAGCGGCCUGCAAACGCCACCAAUCCCAUCGCAAUGUUUUGA